AUGGGUUCGUUUGCGGCAUCUGCGCGCUUCAAGCAGCUCAUUGAGCAACUUGUGGCAGAAAACGAGCUUGAAAUUCAACGAUUGAAGAAGACCAAUGAGAAGCUGCAGCAUGAACUUCAAAAAUCAGAAGUUUCUGGAUCUUCCUUUAGUCAGGAGGCCCCAUCAAUGGCUACAAGUGCCGUCUUGACUGGCUUCAAACACCACAUUCCCCUGAGGGAGGUCGCUCGUUCUGAUGACCUUGACGCCUCGAUAUUGGGUCCGUUGGACUCCACCUUUGGCCAUUCGUCACAUUGUUUGCCAGUGCCUGUGCAGAAGCACCAGGUGGAUUUGGUGAUCCAUGCGAUUCAGGGUGUCGUUUUGGAUUUAGUGCCAUCGCCGCCUUCGCUACAGUCCCGAGGAAGUGAUGGCCAGAAGUGCCGAUGCAAGCUGAAGAUCCACUUGGGAAGUGAAAUACAUGAAACUGAAUGGGCAGAACUGCGCAAGGAUUCGCCGCUGCCCGGCAGCCCUCAAGAAACUUGGGGCGCAGUUUGGGAGCAAAAUGGAGGGCCAUUGACUCAUCGGAUGAUUGCAUGGAAUGUGCCGGAGAAGGUGGUCGUAGACCUUUUUAUCGAAGGAUUGUACUCACAAUGCUUAAGAGCAUGCCUCCGCCUGGGAGCAGAAAAACAGCACUGGGCCUUUGAUCAGGGCGGCUUGCUGGAGGCACAGAUCAGCUCGACCAUCCUGACAGCGUCGAGGUCCAACAUCCCAAGCCGCGCCAGCUCGCAGGAGGAUAUCGAUGCAUUGAUGGAUUCCCUCUCCUCUUUACCUGCCCAUGGCCAAGUCCAAGUGGAUCGAGUUCGUUCUCGCGCGAAUUCAACAGUAUCUCCAGCAGGACCGCCACCGAAGUGCUAUGACAAGACAGCGGAUGGAGGAAAUUUGCUGGAAAGGCUCCACGCGCUCUUUGUGUUUGAGGAGUCGGCAGCAAAAGUUGUGAUGCCCAGCGACCUUGCAGCUGCCUUGAAAACUUCGCGCAAAGGGUCUGCGCAGAGUACACAGAUGAUGCCCUCACUGUCCAUUGAAGAAUUGGAGGAGGUAAUGGUGGAACUGCGGCGAAUCCACCUCAAGGUGUACGAAAAGGGACGCAGGCAAUCAGUGACGCAUUCACAUCAACCAGUAAUGUCCUGGAAGGCCUUCCAGGAUAGCAUUCUCCUGGAGGACUUGCCGAACCUGGCACAUGGUCGAGCUGCUUUGAAUGUUUUCAUUGUUCAACAAGCUCUGCUCGGAGAUGCUGUCCCGACCACCAGUGCCACAAAAGCUCUCCUGCUCGCCUAUGGGAAAAACCGGAAGCCUGCCACAAAGCAUGACGUUUUGGUCCACGGCAUUACGGCAUUGUCGACCGUGUCCAUUUUAUCCAGUUUUAUCCUAUUGGGCAUUUCCCUAGACAAUGACUCAGACUGGCCUGGAUGGCUAGUUUUUGAAGCAGUUUUUGCAUGUAUCUUCGUGGGAGAGAUUGUCAUCAAGUCCGUGGUAUACACUGCUCGCGAGUACUUUUUCGGGCCAUCUCGGUGGUGGAAUCGCUUUGACGUGCUGCUAACUGCGGUGGCUGUGAUUGAGUUAAUUCUCAACCUGUUCUCAGUUUCAGGAGGUCAAGCGAAGCUGGUUCUAAUCCUCAGAGGUUUGCGACUGGCUCGGGUCGCACGCUUGGCCAAGCUGGUGAAUAUGCCACUGCUCCAAGAGCUUGCGAACAUUGUUUCUGGCUUCAUCAUCAGCGUGCGCUCAUUGUUCUGGGUGGUCUUGACCAUCAAUGUGGUGGUCUAUGUUUGCGCGCUUGCGCUUCGCUCGCUGGUACAGAGCUUCACGACAGCUCUCUUUCGUGAUACUUGCAACCAAAGUGGGGACACCCUGGACAUGGAAACGAGCGACUAUUGUAGCCAAAAAAUUCACCUUGUUUACGGAGAAGAAUAUUGUGGAAGCGUGCUGCGGUGCAUGUUCUCUAUCUUCCGCUGCAUGAUUGGCGACUGCACAUCAGCAGGUGGCAGAUCUUUGACUAUGAUCUUCAGUCAUGGCUUUGGCUUGAGAUUUGAUCUUUUGUAUGCUCUCAGCAUGGUUUGUGUCUUGUUCGGACUCUUCAACAUCAUAACCGCAAUUUUUGUUGAAGCCACGUUGAAUGGACUGCGUCAAAACGAGAUCGAACGGAAAUAUGCAAAAGCAUACGAGUCAACCUAUAUGACUGAGCAGCUGGCCAAGCUGGUGGUUUGCGUUUCACAUCAAACUCAGCAGUUGCGAUCAAGGAAGACGAAACUGCAAUCACAGUCACAGCCGUCCAAUAAAAGAGACCUCAGUCUGGAAACCUUCAGCUUUGGAAACUUCGACCCCUUUGACAUGGCAAACGACGAGGAGAUUUACUUGAGCGAAGAGGAGUUCAACCAGGUCAUCAAGAGCCCAGAAGUUCGUGCAUUGCUAGACGAGUUGGAUGUGGUAGUGGAACCCCGACCUGGGGUCUUUGAAGCCUUCAACACGGACGAGAGUGGCUUCGUGUCGAUGUCAGAACUGGUGUCAGGCUUGAUGAGACUUCGUGGGGAUUUGAACAAGGUCGACAUUGUUAUCACCCAAAUGGCUUUGGAGAACCUGCAGAAGCGUCAAGUCCACCUCUC